AUGCCAUGCGGGAUUGAAAGGGUUAAUGGUCCUUUUCCAAAUGAUUCAUUGAAUAAUUUAUUAUAUCACUUUCCAAAACUUCAUCAUUUAUCAAUUAAUUACCUUACUGCUUCUCGUGUCGAAAAUAGUGAAACCCAUGCUACUUCAUUAUUAAAACAUUUAAAAUAUGUUUCACUUAAACUUUAUUUAAUUGCAUUUAAUAAAUUCGAACAAAUUGUACAAACAUUUUUUGGUGAUAUUGAAGUUUUACGGAUUUCAACACAAUAUGAUACAGCAUAUUUAGAUGCAAAACGAUGGGAACAUUUAAUAACAUCUUAUAUGCCGAAUUUACGUAUUUUUGAUAUACUUCAUGAUGGUGGUGUACAACGUAAUCAAUCAACCUAUCAUGAUUUAAUUAAUCAAUUUAGAUCAUCCUUUUGGAUUGAACGAAAUUGGUUUUUUGCACAUCAACAUAAUUGGCUUGAACGGUUACACAGUGGAGUUUUUUAUUCAACUGAACCAUAUAGACGAAAAGAUUUUACAUUUUAUUGGCAAUUAGAUAAACAAAUUUGUCAAUCUGCUCAAGAAACAAAUUUAAAUUCAGUUAAACAUGUAUAUAUUUGUAGUACAAAAACAAAUAAGAAUCCAGCCAAUUAUUUUCCAAAUGCUACGGAAUUAACAAUUAAACAUUGUCUUGAAAAACGUGAUGGUUUAUUGGUACAAACACUAAAUAGUAUUGUUCCCGUACGUCAACUUACCAAAUUAAUUAUUAAACAUGUUCAUAUUAAAUUUGAUCAAUUUCUUGAUGUAUUAUAUUUGACACCACAUUUACAUACAUUUAAAAGUGAUUUUUUAUCUCUUGAUAAUAUUGAUCCAAGUGCAAUUAGAGAAACUGAUACUUUUCUACAUGUAUUACAUACAAAUAGAAUUAAAACUUUCGAACUUCGUCAUGAAUGUACAUUAGAAGAUAUUCAAUUGAUUGUUGAUUUAUUUCAUCAAUUGAAUUAUUUAAAUAUUGGAAUGAAAAGCAAAGAAAUUGAACCAAUAGUUGAACAUGUAUUAUUAAACAGAUCCUCUAAGACACAUUAUUUGUUUUUUUUAUGUGUUUUUGACAUAUCUGUAAUGCAUUUAAAGCGAUUAACUGUAAUACUUGAAGAAAGAAAUCUACUUAAUGAUUAUUUGAUUAAAUUUGUAAAUCGUGAUAUGUAUUUGUGGUGCUAG